AUGUCCAUCUCUGCCAACAUUGACAACCAUGUCAUGCUCUUCAAGGGCGUCGACUACAAUGUCUGGGCCGAUCAGAUGCAGACGUACCUCGAGUUCACUGGGUUAUGGAACUACACCAGAUCCUCAUCCCAGUUGGCCAUCGAUCCCGGUGAGAGCGCCUCCAACAAGGAGAAGAGCUCGUACCGUGCUGAACUCAACAAGUAUAACGAGGGAACCACAAAGUGCAUGGGUGCCGUGAGGCUUCGCCUCCACCCAGACAUCUGGAACCAUCCCGAUAUCAAGGGGUGCGUCAGUCCCUUUACUCUUUGGAGUAAAAUCCAAGAGUUGUAUGGGAAACCCGGUCUUUCAGUCAUUUACUCUGACUUCAAGCAAGCAAUCAAUUUCGCAUGGGAUGGGAAUCUCGAUCCUUGUUCUGAGAUUGUGUGCUUCCAAGUCAUUCUCUCUCGCUUGAUUGCCAACAAAGUUGAGCUUCCCGAAUUCGUCAAGGGAAUGCUCCUUUUGUCGUCACUUCCUCAGAAGUACAAUAACGUAGUCAGCCUCGCGUUGCAGACUUUGAAGGACAUGAAGGACAUCAAAGUCGAUGCCAUCAUUCCUCUUAUCAUCACUGAGCAUGAGAGGAAGUCCACCAAACUGUCUGUCAACAAGGCAACUCGCGUCAAGCAGAAGAAGAGUAACCCCAAGUACAAGGACCAAAAGAAGCAGUCUGAUGCGCCUCAGACUGAGCAGCAAGGACAGUCCAAAUCCAACAAGGAUAAGAAGAAGACCAAGCACGGCAAGUCUUCUGGCAAGAACAAGCAACACGAGCACAUUCACGCCGCCGUCGCUGACUCUGAUUCCAAUUCCGAUGGACCCUCCUACAGUCCCCAACGCUCAAAAGUGGCCUCUUGGCACGCGGAAACUCCCUUACCUAACUAG